AUGAAGAGGCAUUUCUUUGCCUUCAUGCAGAACAUAUUUGAUCGUGACCAUGCUGAACUGGCUCCUCCACUUGAGGUGGACAAGGAGUGCUGUCCCUCACCAUCCGUAGCUAUAUACGGCCUUCGAUGUGCAGCAGCUCAUGGUGAAGAGGAAUUCGGAUCAGAUGCACGACGCUUCGUUGAGAGGGAGUUCUAUGUUGAUGAUGCGCUUAUGUCAAGGCCCACAGCCAGUGAAGCUAUUGAUCUAAUGAAGAGAGCACAGGAAAUGCUUGCCACAUCUAACCUUCGCCUGCAUAAAAUAGCAUCAAACAGCUCUGAGGUUCUUGAUGCGUUUUCUCCAGAUGACCGUGCAAAGGGGCUUAAGGAGCUAAAUCUGGAGACUGAUGUGACACCUACACAGCGAAGUCUUGGUCUGAUAUGGGACCUAAAGAAAGACACCUUUACCUUUCGAGUAGCAGAAACAGUGAAGCCCUUUACAAAGAGAGGUGUCUUAGCUACAAUCAAUGGUCUUUUCGAUCCCUUAGGAUUUGCUUCACCAGUUACAAUCCAGGGAAAGAUGCUGCUGAGAGAACUUUCAAGUGAGGCCCUAGACUGGGACACUCCACUGCCUAGAGAAAGGGAGGCCGAGUGGGAUACAUGGAAAGAAUCUCUUGUUGAUCUCAAGAAUGUACAUAUUCCAAGAACCUACGCUUCUGCUACGAUGUCAACAGCAAUCAGAAAAGAGUUACACAUCUUUUCAGAUGCCUCCACUAAAGCCAUUGCAGCGGUUGCUUUCCUAAAGACCACUGGCGAAAAUCAGAACCAUCAGGUGGGCUUCGUUCUAGGGAAAGCAAAAUUGGCCCCACAAUCUGCUCAUACAAUUCCAAGACUGGAAUUGGGAGCUGCUGUGUUAGCUGCAGAGCUUGCCGAAGUCAUCACAAGUGAACUGGACCUAAAUCUUGAUGCAGUUGAAUUCUACACAGACAGUCGUGUGGUUUUAGGCUAUAUAAGCAACCAGACGAAGAGGUUCUAUGUAUAUGUUGGCAACAGGGUGCAGCGAAUCAGGAGGAUUUCAGAACCAAAACAAUGGCACUAUGUCCCUACGAGCUCUAACCCUGCUGACAUAGGCACACGCUCGGUGCCUGCUGCCAUGCUUGGUGACAGUGCCUGGCUUAAAGGACCUGCCUUCUUGUUACAAGCUAGUGUUACAAGAGAAGUUGAAACCUAUGACCUUGUGGACCCAGAGUUGGAUGAUGAAGUACGUAGCUUUGUCACUCACACGAGUAAUGAUGGGUCUCUGCUUGGAUCGCAAAGGUUCAGACGUUUUUCCUCCUUGAAGAAACUCCUCAAGGCCCUUAGCUUGCUCAUUCAUAUUGCAAAGGUCUUCAAGAGCAAAGAUGAAGGUCCCUCUUGCAGUUCAUGGCAUCAUUGCAAACAGUCUCGCACGGCAGAGGAACUGACAAAGGCUGAGAUUGUCGUCAUCAAAAGUGUGCAGAAGGAAAUGUUUGAGGAGGAACUUGCCUGUAUUGCCAAUGGUAAAGUCAUACCAAAACACAGCUCUUUACAAAAACUCAGUCCCUACUGUGAUGAUGAAGGACUCUUGAGGAUAGGAGGAAGGCUCAAACAUGCCAACAUCGACUACAAGGAGAAAUAUCCUCUCAUUAUUCCAGGUGGUAGCCACGUUGCCAAGUUGAUAGUAGAACACCAUCACCAGCGAGUAAUGCAUCAGGGACGGGUGUUCACAGAAGGUGCAGUCCGUACUGCUGGAUACUGGAUUACAGGAGCAAGGAGGCUAAUCAAGCAGAUUAUCCACAACUGUAUCACCUGCAACAGACUUAGGAAGAGAGCAACUGAGCAAAGAAUGGCAGAUCUGCCUUCUGAUCGUGUCAGCACCGAACCCCCUUUCACCUUCGUGGGUUUGGAUGUAUUUGGCCCUUGGUCUGUGGUCACAAGGCGCACAAGAGGAGGCCAGGCAAAUAGCAGAAGGUGGGCUGUUCUUUUUACGUGUCUUAGCACACGUGCUGUGCACAUUGAACUGAUUGAGUCAAUGGACGCAUCAAGUUUCAUCAAUGCCCUGCGUCGAUUCUUCAGUUUGAGAGGGCCUGUUAAGCAGAUUCGAUCCGAUUGUGGGACUAAUUUCGUUGGUGCUUGCCGGGAGCUAGGUUUCACACUGACAGACCCCGACGUGUCAAGCAUUAAGACAUACCUGGGAGAAGAGGGAUGCACCUGGAUCUUUAAUCCACCUCACUCUUCUCAUAUGGGAGGAAGCUGGGAACGUAUGAUAGGGUUGUCCCGACGUAUCCUGGAUGCAAUGCUUCUCCAAACCACGCACGCUCACUUGACUCAUGAGGUGCUUUCCACUCUAAUGGCAGAGGUAACAGCCAUCAUUAAUGCUAGACCUUUGUCUCCUAUCACAACAGAUCCUGACACACCAUUCCUGCUGACGCCUUCCAUGCUUCUCACUCAGAAGGUGUGCACUCCUCUCCCCCCUCCGGGAAGUUUUAUUGAGAAAGAUCUCCAUCGACAGCAGUGGAGGCAAGUUCAAUACCUUGCAAACACAUUUUGGACCAGAUGGAGACGGGAGUAUUUAGGGACACUGCAAAGCCGGAACAAGUGGCAACGUAACCAUGCAAACCUCAAGGUGGGAGAUUUGGUGCUCAUCAAAGACGCACAAGUGAGGCGCAAUGAAUGGCCAAUGGGACUUGUCGACCAGAUCUUCCCGGAUAAGGAUGGCAGGGUCAGGAAGAUUGAAGUGAGGGUCUCAAGAAAUGGAACUAUUAAUACUUACCUGAGACCUGUGUCAGAGACAGUGUUAUUGAUGUCCCCAAAGGACUGAGAAGUAUGUGUGUCAUGAUGGUAAACAUUGUAUUCAGAUAUAAUCUGUAAAAUCUUGCAGUUUAUUAUGUUUCAGUUGGUUCAUAGUGGUAUUUUACAAUACCAGACGGGGAGUGUUAUGACAUGCAUAGGUUCUUUCUCUUCAGCACCCUCUGCUGGUCAUAGUGGGAAUACUCACAAGCUUAUAUUUUGGUGGGGUUUUUCUGUGUUCCUGUGGGUAGAGGAAACAGGAAGCUGGUCGCUUGUUAGCCUGCAGAAUAUGCUGUUUGUCGCCUUAGAUGCUCUUUAAAACAUUUCUGCCUUGGAGAGUUAUUGCUUUUUUACGGGAAGAAAAGGAUGUCAAUCAUUGAACUACUGACGAAGUAAAAAGCCUCAAACUUACUUCCGCCUCCUAUGUUCAUUGAAACCGUUAGCUGUCUGUCAAGUUGGGCAAAGGGACGCAC